GAGUUUCGUUCCUACAAGGUGCCAAGACCUGUUUCCUUUUUCGUCCUCUUCCGCGGCGGUGUGGGACCGAACGCUCGACAUCCACUCUCACAUCCGCCGCGUUUGCGCCGCCUGGCUAACCACCUUCCACACACAGCUCUCACCUUCAGGCACGCUUCUAUCAUGGGUAACGACGGCGGCUCCAUCCCCAAGCGGCGCGAACUCGUCAAAGAAGCCGCCAAGGCCCUCACCACAACCCAAGCCAAAGAGCUGCUCACCGAGCAGCAAGAACACCACUGGUCGGUUUGUCCUCUGUCGCGGAGACCACUCGCAGCGCCCGUAGUCGGGGACGCCGCAGGAACACUCUACAACAAGGACGCGGUCAUCGAGUUUCUGCUCUCAGAAGAUGGGCGCGAGAAAGAGGAGGCUGGGAAAGUCGCGGAUGUGAAGAGGGACGGAGAGUUUGCGGAGCUGGGGUCUGCGGGCGAUAGACUCAAGGGGCUGAAGGAUGUGGUCGAGGUCAAGUUCGAGCCUGGUAAGGAAGAGAGGAAGGAAGGCAGUGGCAGGUCCGAGAACUGGGUGUGUCCGAUCACUGGCCGCGAGCUGGGGCCGGGUGCGAAAGCGGUAUAUCUUGUCCCGUGUGGGCAUGCGUUUGCAGGGAGCGUGGUCAAGGAGGUUGCCGGGAGCGUGUGCUUGCAGUGCAACGAGCCCUACGCCGAGAACGACGUCAUCCCCAUCCUACCCACUAUCCCCACCGAUCUCGCACGCCUCAAUCUGCGCCUAAAAACCCUCAAGGACAAGGGCCUCACCCACGCCCUUAAGAAAGCCCCCGGCAGCAAGAAGCGCAAGAAGCACGCCGAAAAGGGUCCGACCAGCGUCUCCGAGCCCAACGGCACCACAAAAUCAAAGUCUCCGUCCGACGAAGACAAGGCGGCAAAGCCCAAGCCCAAGCCCAACGGCGACAGCAACGGCGCAGACAGCGGCAUCAAGAACUCGGCGACCGCGUCGCUGACACGCAAGGUCAUGGAGGAGCAAGAGGCGCGCAAUAAGAGGCGCAAGCUGGGGCAAAAUGAGAAUGUCAAGAGCUUGUUCAACACGAGUAGCAAUAAGCCGAGUGCGGGGAAUAGCGCAGAUUACAUGACGCGUGGGUUUAGUAUUGGGAAGAAGUGAGCACGGAGGCACGGAUUCUGGCGUUGAGGGGGUGCUUGUGUGUAUAUACGCGCCGAUGUUGGAGGUGUGGUCGACCACGGUGAUUGUUAUUCUGGUGGGAGAGUGCGAGAAGAUACCCUGCAGCUGCGUCGAAUUGCGCAGCUGCGUACGAAAUGCGUGUUGCAUGUGCCUCUCCGUUUGACAUGCUCCUGUG